AUGUCGCCCUAUAGGAAGGAGGUGAAAGGCGACUUCGCUGCUGGAGCGGCAAGCACUCUCCCUGUGGCGUCUGCAAACGAAGGCUCGUCUUCGAACAGGCGAUUCAGCAGCAGCGGGAACGAAGCGGGCUCCUCCGGCAUGAAAAAGGGGGGCUCGAGAAACAGGUCAUCGCAAAACCACUCCAAACGCAGCGCCAAGGCGAAGAACAGCAGCAGCAGCAGUGGACGGUUGAACGGGAACGACAAGCAGCAGCUGGUAGACGACUCCGACGACCUCCUUUCGAUGAUCAAGUCGUCGUCUAAGAAAGGAAUGGACAUCAGCCACCUGCUGACGUACAACUAUUCGAAAGAGCCGACCCCGUACGACGACGAGAGCCACAGCGGCGCCGGCAACGGGUACAGAAACGACCGAGGACGCACGUCGAGGCAGAGAAAGAAGAAGAGGUCGGCAGGGUCGGACAUCCAUUUGUCCGGUCUGAGCUACAUCAACGCAAACUACAAGUUCAUCGUGAGACCGGGCGGCGACUACAAGCUGCAGCUCCUGGACCCGAACUUGCCGCUCGAUAUCAACGACGUUGUGCGGGUGGCGGUGAAACAGAACGACUACCACUGCCCCAUCUGCAUGGGCGACGACUUUGUGGCGCCCAGAAUGACAAGGUGUGGCCACAUCUUCUGCUACCCAUGUCUCUUGAGCAUGUUUGACAACGUGAAACAUGACAAAACGAAAACGUCCAUCGGAAACAUGCACAACCCUUCGAUCUUCUGUCCAUUGUGUUCCGAGGUGAUCAAGGAGAAAUUUGUGCUGUUACCUGUCUUGAUUGAGCCAUUUGACGGCUCCACCCCUAAAGUGGAGCCGGAAACAGAUGUCAACCUUUCUCUCAUGCACAGAGGAAGUUCAAAGAUAUACUCGCAGCCCGUGUCGAAUUUCUAUCAGUUCAAGGGCUUCAAGGGCAGCAUUCCGUGGAUCAGCAAAAGCUGCACGCCGCUGAACUACAAGCAGUACUCGCCGUAUGUUUCCAACACCCGGUUGAUGAUGUGCGACUCUGAGUUUAUAAAAGCGUGUUUUCAAAAGGAGAUCGACGACUUGAUGACACAAAAACUACUGGACCAUGAAAUGUAUGGCGACCCAGGGAUUUUUUACGACAUAGCAGCCAGCAACAUCAAAGAAAACAUAAAGUCCUUGGCGGUCGACUCUGCGGUGGAUGGUCCACAACCAAUCUGCGAAAAGGAAGUGGAGAGCCAUUUAUCAAAUAUCUCACUUUCCAGCUCUUCCGAGGUCAACUUACCAUCUUUCAAAGACAAUUACUAUUACUACGAGUGCACUACCAAUUCUCAUAUACACUAUUUCCUUUCACCUCUAGAUGUCCAAGUCAUCAAUUCAUUAUUUAGCCUCCCAGAUAUAAAGAAACUAGGCACAGAACAAUUAGCGCUCAACCCAGCUUAUAACAUGCCAUUGAAUUUGAAAGUCUACCUCGAAAAUAUCGACUCCGAAGAAGGAAAAGUGACUCCUGAGCUCGUCAGUAAGUACCCCUUCUUGGGUAACUUACCAUAUGGCGCUGAACUCGGGUUUUUGGAAAUCGAUUGGUCUAAAUUUGAUGCCUCCUUUAUUCCAAAAGACUACAAUGAGGCAGAUGAAGAACCAAUCGAAGAACAGAAGAGGAAGCUUAGAUACCCUUCUCAGAUCCCUCAGUAUAUACGGAAACAACUUCAGAAUCGAACUCGAGAAAUAAACAACAAAAGGUUGAACGAGGAGCGUGCUCGUGUUCGUGGCGAGUUGAGAAGAGAAAAAGAAACAUUAGAGAUUUUCAACGAGAGCAAUACUCGCAAUAUGAAGCAGGAUGAUGAUGAAGACCUUAUUGACACAUUGAUCAGUACUAGACAAAAAAACAAGCAAUUUGUUCAUAUUGAUACCAUUAACACCAUGCCUUUCUUGAAAGGCACUUCGAACAGCUUUGAUUUAUUGGCAACUGAUAGUGAUGAAAAUAACGAGUUCAAUGACAUGGGUACUGAAGGCAGUAGCUCAAAUCCAGCUUUCACGAUGACAACAAAAAAGUCUGUGUGGGGAACACAUGUUCCAAUAGUUAUAGAUCCUGAAGAAGAAGCGCUUCGGGAAGAAGAAACACGGCAGUUUGAAGAAAUGUUACGUAGAGCAAAAGAUCAGGCAGUGGAGUCCAAUGUCAGUAAAGGCAAGAAAGGGAAAAAGGGAAGGAGAGUGAAAAUGGUUCCUCUACCUUUAUAA